AUGGCGGUCAAUCAUCCACAUACCCUCGAGUACAAGACUCGGCUGCUCAAGCACUUGUUGAGCACCAAGGAGUGGUUGCUUGACCCUCAUAUCGGUCGUUUCUGGGAGUUCAUCAGUGAUACCUUCAAGCACCCCAAAGCUCCAGAAAGUGCGCCCAAGCUGUCUGGCAAGGAGUUGGAGGAGUUCUGUGAUGCGGAAGCUGCAAUCUGGAUCGACGAAAACAACAACCCCAAGGAGGACCGGAGAAAGGGCUACGAGGCUGGUUCGGAGUAUGAUGAGCUAAUGGGCAAAUGGAUGACUGUGUGGAAAGAUAUGGCAGUUCCACAUUGGGUGGUGGAGAUGGACAGAAUAGGCGACACUCAUCACAAGUUCAGCAUCGUCCCUUCGGCUUACAGAGACAAAGUCAGGGACAAAGUGGCAGAGAUCGACAGAGUGAGGCGGGAGAACAGGGCGAAGGCAGCGCAACAUGUUCGAGAGAGGCAAGCGGCUGAGAAGGCGGCAUCCACGAAGAAGAAAGCGCUGAAGCGCAGCGCGUCGAGGCAUGAUGGGAAGUUGGACUCCAUCUCGAGGACGGAAGACCCAAAAUUCGAAUACGAUGGAGAGAAGCUGAAGAAGGUGGUUCAGGCGGCGAGAGAACGAGCAAUUCAGGUGGGAAAGCAUGACUUGGCUGCCGCAGUGCAACAGAUUUAUGAGGACGCUCUUCGCGAUAUGAAGCUUCGAAUACUACUGGAAGCGAUUCUCACUCAAAGCGCGACUACACCGCAGAACGAGCAAUUCCAAGAGUAUGUCAGGACAGCGAAGAGGAAACUGAAGGCUAUCAAAGGAUCUGGGGCGAAAGCCAAGGCUAGUCCAAGCGUUCAGCACCUGCCCGCUACUACCAGUGCAUUGCACUCCCGUCAGUUGGGCUCGCGCGAGAGAGACGUUGACAGCGCCUAUGUCAGCGGCCGAGGCAGCGACAAGAGCACGGGCGAAGACGCAAACAACGAGUCCAUGACAGCAGGCAGUCACGAACCACAGAAGCGGAGACGGGAAUCGAUCACAUCUUCAGAGGCUGCUGAAGCGGAUCUCGAAGAAGCCGAGCGUGCAGCUAAGCGGCGGAGGGGUGAAAAUGUUGACGACGACAGUGGCAGCUACGAUCCUUCGCAAAAGAGGAAGGCGACGAAGACUCAUAAGAAGAGGCCAAUUCACCAGCCCGACAACGUCUCACGCGAGAGUUCGCCCCUCUCCGAGGCUGGCGACACAGAUAUUGAGGCUGCCAAGGAGGCGUACGUUGAUGAGAUGGUGCGCAGGAAGUCUGCAGAAGCAUCGAGGCGUGCCAUCGAGGAUGAGUACGGCCCUGUAUCGCCGACUGUGGCGGAUGAUGCGUCCUGGAAGUCCAUGCCAUCACCGACACUCCACUCGACCCAGAUGGAUCGCAGCAACAGCAUGCAAGAGCAGGAGCAGACGCAGGCCGGUGCACAGGACGACGCACGUCACGAGGUCCUUGGCGCUUCGAGCGUGCCAGCUCCGCCAGCGGACGAGCCACCCGCUCAGGCGUCAGCAGAGCAGCUUACCCCAGCCGAGAGCAGCCAUGCUUUCCAGAUCAUAUCUGGUGCAGCCGCAGAGGCAGUUCAACCAGCUAUUAGUCGCUUGGAAGGCAAGAUUGACUCCCUUUUGAGCGGCCGUGGAGACCGGAUACCGCUUCCACAGGGGCGCCCAGUACCUGCUUGUAGUUCCAGGGGACCCGACAUUGCCAACGCGACGCGGGAGCUCGUCAACAUCCAGGAGAUGCUCCAGUCGAACGAACUGGACCCGCAGAGUCCAGAGACGACCACAUUGAUCUCUCAGCUCGCACGAAACGCAGCUGAAGCCUCGAUCUAUGCCGCUGAGGCUGCGCGACGAGCCGGUGAGAUGGCGCGAGACGUGAGUCUGGUCCUCCUGCAGCUGGGAGAGAACAGGAAGAAGAAGCAGAGCGGAGAGGCGGGCGCUUCGUCCGCCCCAAGACCGGAGGAGUGA